GCUCAGCUGGAAUAUAUAAACUGAUACACUUUACAUAAUACCAUAAACUACGACCAAAUUAAGAGUACAAACGAAGAUUGGACCCAAAAUAACACCAGUUCUCAACCUAACCAAAAAAAAAAAUGCUUGACUCUCCGAAACAGACCAACCGCAUAGUCGAUAUAUAUAUAGAUAUUGUAUGUGUGUGUAGAAGAGAAAUCUAAGAAUAAUCCAAGUACAGAGAUUCGAAAGAAGAAUUAAUAAUUAAGGUGUAUGUUUUGAGUGGGUGCAAGCGGAGGCAGCGAGAAUCGGAGAUGAUGAUACGGAACAUGGGAAGCAUAAACCCAACUCGAGGCAUUGCGGCGGUUGUCGGAGUCGGACCCAAGCUCGGCCGAUCCAUCGCCCGCAAAUUCGCCCAUGAAGGCUACACCGUCGCCAUCCUUGCUCGCGACUUAGGUAGAUUGUCGAGAUUUGCAGACGAAAUAGCUCGGGAGGAGAAAGCUCAAGUGUUCGCCAUUAGAAUCGAUUGCUCGGACUCUCGGAGUGUGAAGGAGGCAUUCGAAGGGGUUCUAUCGUUGGGAUUUGUUGAGAUACUGGUUUACAAUCCGUACCAACCAGUCUCUUGGCACCCUCCUAACUUCACCGACAUUCGAAUCGAUGCCUUUGAGAAAUCCCUCGCCGUCUCCUCCGUCGGCGCUUUCCAUUGCGCCCAGCAGGUUCUUCCGACCAUGGUGGAAAAAGGAAGAGGGACGAUUCUCUUUACUGGCUGUUCAGCUUCUCUUAAUGGCAUUGCUGGUUACUCCGAACUAUGCUGCGGCAAGUUUGCGUUGAGGGCCCUUUCGCAAUGUUUGGCUAAAGAGUUUCAACCACUCGGUAUUCACAUCGCUCAUGUCAUCAUCGACGGGCUCAUUGGCUCACCAAGGGGGUCAGGGAGUCCAGCACAGAGGACGACGGCGGUUGGGGAACACAUACAGAGCGGAGGAGAUGGGUCACUGGACCCAGACGCGGUGGCUCAAACCUACUGGUACUUGCAUCUUCAAGAUCGAACCACUUGGACCCAAGAGAUCGAUCUUCGUCCUUCUACCACCAGAUUCAUCUGAGUCUCUUUCUCUCUCCAUCUAUAAACAGGCUUUCUCAUAUAUAUUCAAAUUAAAAUGUACUUGCCCAUCAUUUGUAAUAACGGUUUCAGUACGUUCUCAAUUAUUAUUACAUGCACAGUUUCACACCAGACACCGAAACCACCAUCCUCAUCCUCGUCAUUGUCACCGGUCAUCGUCAUCGUCAUCGUCAUCAUCAUCAUCAUGCGUCUUGGCCAAGAUUAUUGCCCCUUUCAUUCGUAUGACUCUCAAAUCUCAACCGGCCAAUACCAAAAUCAUCGCAUAGGAUCAGCCAUACACUGAGGCCAAUACUAUAUCAUCCAAAUGAUAUUUCCCACUUGUGGUGACUCGGUUUGUAUUGAAAAUUACUCUUUUUGUUUUGUUUUGUUUUUGUAUCUACUUCUUUUCUUGGGUGGUUUGAUUUUUGUUGUUGUUGUUGUUUCUUAGUGUGUUGAGUUGGUUUGAUUUCGAUAUUAGUUUAAGUAGAACAGUCCCAUUAAAUUAUAGAUGAAUUUUUAGUGUUA